AUGCCUCGCCAGGCGCACGGGAGGCCACCUCAUACCCCCAGGUCGUAUACCGCCGCUAAGAGGAAGCCUACCGGAAACCGCGGACUGAACGCACUGGAAAUUGCGGAGCGAGAACAUCCCGAUGAGAUUAAGAUUCGACAACAUAGGCUCGGGCAGGUCGAUGAUGAUUCUGAAGAUCCACACGGGAGGGCAGACGCAGACGAGCGCUCGUCAAAGAGGAGGAAACUUGCUACCACGGCUGCCGAUGAGCUUGAAGAGGAAGGUUCGGACCUCGAGGGCAAUAGAUGGCAUCUUGGUGUGAAUGAGGACGAUGAGGACAGUGACAUUGACAGCGAAGACGCGUUUGGCGCAAGCGACGAAGAAAAGUUCGCCGACUUUACAUUUCGCGGAAGCACUACAACAUCCUUGGAGCCCAAGCGGCGGGACGAUGGGUCUUCCAUGAAACCUCGAGUCGACCUCGAUGAAGGGGAUAACGCGCAGGAAGAAAGCGAGAACAGCGACGACGAACCAGAUGAUGACUUUGGGAACGAGGCUGUGGACUUAGCCACGGCCUGGGAUAUGGACGACCAGGACCGAGACAAAGUUUCGAAAAGGCGUCCAAAAUCCGGGGUGCAGCUCACCGACAAUGAUCGCCAUGAAGUCUCAGACUCCCUGUCAGAACUCGGUGACAACGAGGAAUCAGACCACGAGUCUGAAUUGUCAUUUUCAGAAGACGAAGGCGAUCAUUUUAAGCUCCAGAAUUUUGUGGAAGGGCUAUCAGGUGGAGACAAGAGCCAGGCUACGAUCAACCGUCGACAUCGUCUAAACCUCCCAAAUAUACCCUCUCAAUUUGGCCUCAGCACGGCGAAAAUCUCACCCAGUGAGCUUCUACAAUAUAUCAAAGACCCUCGCCAAAGACAAUCUCUGAAAAUAUUGCAGAGCAGCGAGGGCCGGGGCGAUGAAGCCUACACAGCGGGAAUUCCAGGAAAACUCGCCCCGCCUCUGGCGAAAAGGCAGCAGGACCGUCUUGAUCGUUCUGUAGCAUACGAAGAGACGAAAAAGGAGUUGGGCAAGUGGAUCGAAAGUGUCAAGCAAAACCGACGCGCAGAGCACCUUUCAUUCCCCCUUGUUGAUGCUGCAGCAGCUGGUAUGUUGAGCAAUAAGCAAUUGGGACCAACCUCGACUGCGGAGCCUAUGAAUUCGCUCGAAUUAACGAUCCACCAAAUCAUGAUGGAAAGUGGAAUGCAUUCAAACGCCAGCAGAACCCAGGAAGCUCAAGAAAAUGCCUUCGAGGAACUGCAGGAGAAGCAAAUGCCGCUGGCGGAAGUCCAAGCUCGUAGAGCAGAACUGCGGCGGACGCGGGAUCUCAUGUUUCGUGAGGAGAUCCGUGCGCGACGGAUCAAGAAGAUCAAAAGCAAGGCAUAUCGACGCGUCCAUCGCAAAGAACGCGAGAAUAUGAAUCAAGAGAAUCGAAAGCUGCUAGCAGCGCAGGGCUUAAUCGAUUCGGACGACGAAAGAGAAAAGAACGAGCGCCGGCGUGCUGAGGAACGAAUGGGAGCGCGUCACAGGGAGAGCAAAUGGGCCAAAAGUGUCAAGACAACAGGCAGGGCAGCGUGGGAUGAGGAUGCCAGACACGGAGUCACUGACCUUGCAAGGCGCGAUGAAGAACUUCGCAGGCGAAUUGCAGGCAAGGCGAGCGCAGGGUCAGACGUGUCUGAUUCAGAGUCUUCUGGUUUCGAAGGGUUCUCUGGCUCCGAUGACGAAAAAGAGAGGCUAGAGAUGAAGCUCGAUGAUGUUGAACGCGAUCAAGUCGAUGCGUUCGAGACGAGACUCGGCUCGAUGGCGUUCAUGAAAAAGGCAGAAGCUGCGAGGAAAGCUGCCAAUGAGGAAGAGAUUCGCAACCUAAGACGAAGUCUGCAUGGCGACGAAGGGAGAUCGGUCGGCGAGGGGCAUCUCGAUCAUGAAACCCCAGUGGGACGUCAAAAGUUUGGAGUGGGCAACAGAGAUCUUCCUCUGAAGCCUCAAGUUCACGUUUCUAAAAGUGAGUUUGAGGAACGUGACUCAGAGGCUGAGGUUGAAGAUUCAAGAGCUCAAGACGAAAUAGGAGGAUUGCACGGCGACGCACGACCGCUCACCGCACCCGCAAACGAAGAAAUCAAACCAGAACCGUCGUUGAAGCGUCCCGGCGCAGCAAAGCAGAUGGCAAGAUCAAACCCCAAUGGCAACCUGUCACGCAAGGAUCCUUUACAUAGCGUAGCCGGAGACGAUGGACACUCGAUCAAAAAGGUGGCGCGGGUGCCACAGAGCCGCCUCGACGAUGCAAUUGUUCCAUCCGAAUCGGAAAAUGAGCCAGAUGACAGAGUCGCUCUUGCACAAGCGAUUUUUACGGGCUCGGAUGAAAUUCAGCAGGAGUUUGCCAAAGAAAAGAGAGAAGUAGUGGAGGAAGAAGGAGAUCAAGUGGUUGACAACACCCUUCCUGGCUGGGGAAGUUGGACAGGAGAGGGUAUCAGCAAGAAAGCACAGAAAAGAGCCCAGGGACGGUUCGUUACGACGGUCAAGGGUGUUGCCCAAGAAAAGCGACAAGACUCCAAGCUGGAAAAGGUCAUCAUCAAUGAAAAGCGUGUCAAGAAGAACGGCAAAUAUUUGGCCAGCGAGCUGCCCCAUCCAUUCGAGUCACGACAACAGUAUGAACGAUCGCUGCGUCUGCCCUUGGGACCUGAGUGGACGACAAAGACCACGUUCCAGGACAGCACGAAGCCGCGGGUGCUGAUCAAGCAGGGUAUCAUCCAGCCCAUGGCACGACCCGUGGCAUAA